AUACUCAAAAUGCAACGAAAAAUUAAGAACGUCGUAAAAAAUUAUACUGCUUCGGAAAUAAAAGUCCGUGAAGCCACGUCGAAUGAUCCGUGGGGUCCGUCAACUACACUGAUGUCCGAAAUUUCGACUUUGACAUUUGAUCCGCUGGCCUUUGGUGAAAUGAUGAACAUCAUCUGGAAGCGACUGAAUGACCACGGAAAAAACUGGCGGCACGUAUACAAGUCGCUGGUGCUGUUAGACUUUCUCGUCCGAACGGGUAGUGAGAAGGUCGUGAAGCAGUGCAAGGACAACAUCAUCUUCAUACAGACUUUGAGGGACUUCCAGUAUGUUGAGAACGGCCUUGAUUGUGGUCUCAAUGUUAGGGAAACUUCAAAAAAACUUUAUGACCUGCUGAGAGAUGAGGACCGACUUAAAAAUGAAAGGCACCGAGCUAACAAGUCAAAAUCCAAAUUCGGAGACUUCAGAAACUUUCAAUCUGUAAGCAAAUCAAAAGACCCAGAGAUUGAGUCAAUCAGACCAACCAAUCAGAACGAAGAGGAAAUUCAACUGCAGCUGGCAUUGGCUAUGAGUAAGGAGCAACACGAACAGGAGAUGAAGAAGAUUAAAAGUGAAGAGAUCAAAUUGCAAAUGGCCAUCGAAGAAAGUAAAAGAACAGCUGAGAAAGAGGUUCAUUUGUAUGUUUGUAUGUAUGUAUGUUUGUAUGUAUGUAUGUAUGUAUGUAGGCAUGUUUUUAUAUAUUUCCAAGUAUGUAUGCAUGUUCGCAUGUGGUUUUUGUGUGUUUGUGUUUGUUUUCUGUUUGUAUAUGUAUGUUUUUCUUUAUGA